AUGCAGAACGUGGGCAAUAGCCGACGGCAGCAGGCCCCUCGCCAGGGCCUGUCGAUGCUGUCGCUGUACAAUGAGGCGCCGCUGGUGGAGGUGUCGCUGGAGCAGUUCGAGGAGUUCGCCAUCGACCGGCUGCACGUGCUCAAGGCCGUGGAGAACUACCGCCUGCGCAGCGUGCAGAUGAAGGACCGCGAGGGGCGCCUGGAGAAGACGCUGAACAAGCAUAUGCCGCUGCGUGCAGCCGCACCCAUGCGCGCGGGGCAGGCGGAGAAUGACGCGACCAAGGACGUGCUGUCGCACUUCUUCCUGCGCAUGGCCUUCUGCCAGACGGAGGAGCUGCGCCGCUGGUUCCUGACGCAAGAGAGCACGCUGUUCCGUUAUCGCCUGGAUAAACUCACGCGAGAGGAGAAGAUCCUCUUCAUGAAGCAGAACGGACUCUCAUAUGACGAGGCCACGCUGAAGGAGAUUGAAGCACGGCAGAGCAAGCUGAAGGCUGUCAGAGAUGCAAAUGACCCCAAGGUUCGCGGACACCCGUUGCCGGCGUACUUCAAGGUGCCUUUCACCGAGGCGCUGGACCUGGUGGCUACUCGACGAGUGUACAUUGAGGCUGGUACGGCCUACGUGCCGUUCGAGCACGUGGUGUCCAUUCUGUUUGCUGCCUUCCGUGCCAAUCUAUCGAAGGAAUUGUCGGGCGCUUUCCGCAAGUAUAAUCGCUCGCUGAUCAGCAAGGACGACCGCCUCGCUCCUGUGCUGUCGAACCUCGCCAAGCACCACAUCGACGCAGACUACUCGGCGACGCCCGUGCCUGGAUCGGAGAAUGCUAUUAGACCGGACAUGAUCGACGGACUGGCAGGAACCUCCAUGCCGCUCUGCAUGCGUUCGCUACACAAGGGCCUGAAGCUCAACCACCACCUCAAGUUCGCAGGACGACAGCAAUAUGGUCUGUUCCUGAAGGGUAUCGGACUUCAGCUCGACGAUGCUAUCGCGUACUGGAAGCAGGAGUUCUGCAAGAAGAUGUCCGUGGACGACUUCAACAAGAAGUACGCGUACAACAUCCGUCACAACUACGGUAAGGAAGGCAAGCGCAAAGACUACGCGCCUUCCAACUGCAUGCGCAUCAUCACAGGCGACCCGCCCAAGAACGGCGAGUAUCACGGAUGUCCGUUCCGGCACUAUGAGCAGGAGCACCUUCGCAAGGCUCUCCAGGGCGUGCCGGAAGGUGACCAGCAGGAAAUUCUGUCGCUCGCAGAGAACCACCACUACCAGAUCGCCUGCAAAAAGUACUUCGAGGCUACCCACCCCGGAAGUGACCCCGACGUCCUCAUCAACCAUCCCAACGGAUACUUCGAGGAGAGCCGCAAGUACUAUGCCGCAAAGGAGAAGGGUGUCACGGUCACCGCUAAUUAG